AUGGCUGUAGAUUUUAUGGGUUAUAGGAACAGCAGCUUCUCUGCGAAAUUGGAAGAGAACGCGGUGCAAGAAGCAGCUUCUGGGCUCGAGAGCGUCGAGAAGCUCAUUAGACUCUUGUCUCAGGCUCAGCAGAACCAGCAUCAAGAUAAGUACCCUUCCAUGGUUAUGGACAUGGAUUGCAGAGCCGUCGCGGACGUCGCCGUUUCCAAGUUCAAGAAGGUCAUUUCUCUUCUGGGUCGUACCCGGACCGGCCAUGCCCGCUUCAGGCGAGCACCUUUGACUUUGACUUCUGGGUCUUCUUCUUCUUCUCAAAACCAAGCCCAAACCCAAGAAACCUUCGUCAAGCAAGCUCCUUUAGAGUCCACCAAGGUUUACCAUGCGACGCCGAUCCAGCAGAUCCCGCCUCCUCUGCAUCAUCACAGUACUGUGCUCGAGAGCACCAAGGACUCCUCCACCACUAUAAAUUUCUCCUAUUCAGCUACGACGUCGUUUAUGUCGUCGUUGACUGGAGACUCCGACAGCAAGCAGCCAUUGUCGUCUUCGGCUUUUCAAAUUACCAACAUGUCCCAGGUGUCUUCAGCUGGAAAGCCACCGCUUUCGUCAGCUUCGUUGAAGAGGAAGUGCAGUUCUGAUAACUUGGGCUCUGGCAAGUGCGGUGCUGGGUCCUCCGGCCGCUGCCAUUGCUCUAAGAAGAGAAAGCUGAGAUUGAAAAGGGUUGUGAGAGUUCCAGCUAUAAGCUUAAAGAUGGCUGAUAUUCCACCUGAUGAUUACUCUUGGAGAAAGUAUGGACAGAAGCCCAUUAAGGGAUCUCCACAUCCAAGGGGAUACUAUAAGUGCAGCAGUGUCAGAGGGUGCCCAGCUCGAAAACAUGUAGAGAGAGCUCUCGAUGAUCCAGCAAUGCUUGUAGUGACCUAUGAAGGCGAGCACAAUCACUCUCUCUCAGUUGCAGAGACCUCCAAUCUCAUUCUAGAAUCGUCUUAG